GCUCAAGGGCUGAGGUAAAAUGUUAUUUUUCAAUGGCUGACCAUGCCCAAAUGGCAACGCCAAUUUUCAUGAAAAAUUUUUUUUCAAUAAGAUAAGUUCAUGAUAGAGCACCUCAUUAAAUUUAAAGAUGGGGUGGGCAUGGGUUUUAUCACAAUCAGUCUCAGAAUACUGACAAGUCUUUAUUAGAUCUGUAUCCUGCAUAAGCAUGACCUACUAUGACAUUGUUGUACUUUAUGACAUUGUUCUGUUAUAGAUGAAUAUUACAUCAGUGCAUGUGUGGAGUAUAAAAAUAAAGUUAAGCCUUAUGCAUCAACAUGACAAGACAUCGCUGAAAGAAAAAAGCCUUUUUUCAUAGCCAAAAACAUCAUUGAAUGGAAACCUCCUGCUAAUUCAGGAAAUUACAACUUUACAUUAAUGUCAUGUUAGUGAAAGUUAGUCUAGACAUGUUAUUUAACUUUAUGAUUUAAGAAUUCCCAUCAAUUUUAAAUAAUUUCUGAAAUUGGCUGUUCGUAUCCUGUAAUUGUCAAACCAGGAAGUCCUCUUCAAUAGCACCUGUCUAUUACAAGGAAACAGUAAAUAAAAAACCAAUGUAAGAAAUUUGCUUUAGAAACUUCAAACAGACUUCAGACUUUGGUGAAAGCAUUUAGUACAUUACUGAAAAGGCAGUUUUCUAGUUUACGAGAUUUAAGAUGGCAGAACAACUUUCAAAACUGACAAGUAUACAAAACAACCGAAAAUAUUGCUGUGACCCAUUCCAAGUGCAUAAAACCAAAAGAACAAAAGAUUUGAGACUCGUAACUGCAGAGCAAGCGAAGUGCAAUCCAUCUUUGGUUCAAGUUGGAAUGAAAAUAUGCACUAACUGUAGAAAACAGCUACAAAGAGUGGUUGGAGUAGAGCCGCCACUCGAGAAUCUGCUCUCUGAAGAGGAGGAUGACUUUGUUCCGCCUGAAAUUGAAUUUGAAAGCCUAAAUGAAACUUUAGGGAAAAUUGGAGAAAGCCCUCUGAGUCAACGAAAAAUAAUGUCAAGAUCCCGCUACCUUCCUCAAAAAAAGAAGAGAGUGCAUGACACCCUUGAAAGAAAAUUUGAUGCUGCAUGUGGCUCCUCUCCAUCGUUGAUUAUGGAUGUUUCUUCGGAUGAGGAAGAUGGAAUGCCAGCAGAAAUUGUGCAAAAACUAAUUGCAAAAUUUCGCAGCACUGAAAGUAGAAGUGAAAAGAUAACAGUUCUGACUAUUUUUGUGCAAACAUGGAGUCAAAGGAAAAUAAUGGCCACCUUUGGCUGCUCUCAAAGAAUGGCUACACAAGCAAUGCAUUUAUCAUUGGAAAAAGGCAUCCUUGCUACCCCAAAUCCAAAAACUGGAAAAAAGUUGCCAGAGAAUGUUUCAGAGGCUGUAGGAAACUUCUAUCGGCAAGAUGAUAUCAGCAGAGUUAUGCCUGGAAAAAAGGACUGUCUAAGUAUUCUUCGAGACGGCAAGAAGACUCUGUUUCAAAAAAGACUAGUUUUAGGAAAUCUUCGGGAAAUUUAUCAAACAUUCAAAUCCCAACAUCCAUCAAUGAAGAUAAGCUUCUCAAAGUUUGCAAUGGUUCGACCUAAAGAAUGUGUUUUAGCUGGAACAAGUGGCACUCAUUCUGUCUGCGUUUGUACAAUCCAUAACAAUGUAAAAUUGAUGAUGAACGGAUCCAUGAUGGCGUCUGUGACAGCCAAUGAAGUAGUUCCUGUUAGUCAUUAUGGACACGCAUUGGCUAAGAUGAUGUGUAAUCCCGCAGUACCAAACUGUCAUCUUGGUGAGUGCCCAUACUGCCCUGGUAAACAACCCCUGAGAGAGAUGCUUUUAAAAUGCUACGAAGAUAACGAUGUCGAUGAAGUAGAGUUUAAGCAAUGGACAUCUACUGAUCGCUCAAAACUAGAGACUAUGGUAGAGCCAAUAGAAGAUUUUGUGGAAGCAUUUAUUGAGAAACUUGACACUCUUAAGCGACAUGAUUUCAUUGCAAAACAGCAAUCUCAGUAUCUUUGCAAACGAAAGGAAGGUCUAGUAGAAGGAGAAUUUCUUGUGAUAGGUGACUUUUCAGAAAACUUUUCGUUUGUUGUCCAAGAUGAAGCACAAUCAUUCCACUGGAAUAACAGCAUGGCAACACUGCAUCCGUUUGUUUAUUAUUUCAAAGAGGAUGGACAAAUCAACCACAGCAACUUUGUACUAAUAUCAGAUUGCCAUACUCACAACACUGUUGCAGUCCACCUUUUUCAGAAAGAAUUGAUGAGACAUCUUUCAGAAAAGUUUCAGGUGCUGAAAGCAAUUAUCUAUUUUUCUGAUGGCUGUGCAGGCCAAUACAAAAGCCUCAAGAAUUUUUGUAACCUGUGCAUGCAUCAAUAUGAUUUUGGUGUGCCGGCUGAAUGGCAUUUUUUUGCAACAAGCCAUGGCAAGGGGCCUUCAGAUGGCAUUGGAGGCACUAUCAAAAGAGAAGCAACCAAAGCAAGUCUGCAGCGACCUUACCGUGAUCAAAUUUUGUCAGCUCUGAAGCUGUUUGAGUUUGUUGAUUCCCAUCUUAAAGGAAUCAAUGCAAAAUUUCUCACUGCUGCCGACUGGUAUUCAGAAGAAGAAAUUCUUCAUGAAAGAUUUCAGACUGCUAAAACGAUUGCUGGAACACAAAAAUUACAUUGUUUCAAACCAAUUUCAAAAUAUUCUCUUCUUGUCUCAGAAUACAGUGAAAGUGAAGUGACAAGGGAAGUUCAAGUAGUCAAAGCAGGCUGUGGUCAUAUUGAGCUCAGUAAGAUUACAGGCUAUGUUGCUGUAGUUUAUGACAGCAAGUGGUGGGUGGCAUAUGUUUCUAGCAUUCAACCAGAAACCAAUGAAGUGACAAUAAGCUUCCUGCAUCCCCAUGGCCCAAACCCAUCAUUUGUGUAUCCAGAACCUUUUGAAAUGCUUGUUGUUCAUGUCUCAGACGUACUUGUGCAACUUAAUCCGGUCACUUUUACAGGUCGCACCUACACAUUAUCAAAGGGGAAUCACAAGCAGCAAGCAUGUCUUUACAAAACAGAUUACAGAUGGAAUAAUUUUCUGAAACAAAAAUUCUCUCUAACUGCAAUGAACAUGACACUUGUUUUUAAAAUCAAACUACCGCUUGUAUGCAUUGCAUGAAGACUUACAUUGACUUUUAACCUUUCAAGAUAAUACUCAUCAGUAUUCUGAGACUGAUUGUGAUAAAACCCAUGCCAACCCCAAUUUUAUAUUUUAUGAAGUGCUUUAUCAUGAAUUUAUCUUAAUGAAAUAAAAUUUUCAUGAAAAUUGGCGUUGCCAUUUGGGCGUGGUCAGCCAUUGAAAAAUAACAUUGUACCUCAGCCCUUGAGCUUUUGAGGCUAGCAUCAAUUUCACUGGAAAUUUACUUUCAGCUUGUCAAGUGCUUUCAUUUGACACCAAUUCCAUCUUUAUAGGUUGAGUGUGAAGGAAGAUAUCAAUUUUAGGUGUGGCACAAGUAAUGACCGGUUGCGACAAAUUUCAAAAGUUUGACCGGUCAUAAUUCCAAAACCGCUUGACCAAUCAAAAAAAAAUUUGAAAUAUAGAAAAAGAUCGGUUUGCUUAACAUAAUACUAGAUUUUAAACAAAAUCCAUGACAAAAAUUUCAAGUUUGGACUUUUUUUGGUUACACUUGACAUAGAAUGUCCCGGGGCCAAAAGCCUCGUUUUCAUGAGAAAAUCUAAAAAGCUUAAUACAUCUUAUGUUGGGACUAAUUUUUGAAUUGUCAUCAGAAGGAACUAUGCAGUGCUAUUAAUUACUAACUGAUAAAUAACACUAUGGAAAAAACAACUGGAUCAUCUAAACGUAGUUCAAUCGUUUCAGAGUUCCUCAAGAUCGUCUUCUGAGUCACUGCACACAACAUUUUAAGCGUAAAACUCUUUUUCACUCUGGAAAUAGAAUCCUCAUUCACCCUAAUCAUGAACUAGUAAGCCCAACUGAAGCAUCAAACCACCUUGAAAAUCAUAGAGAUAUAAUUUGCAUGCAGCAUAUAAAGCCUUGUGUUUUCUUUACAUGGCGGCAGAAGACUGAAGUUAUGAUCUCUUACUGUUAUUCAAACUUCUGCACAAGCAAUAUGUGUCAGAGAAAACUCAAGAUGUUCUUGUUUUCUAUAAAAUACAGGACCAAGUAUAACUAGGAACAAAGCUAUAGCAAGAAAAAGCAUGCAGGCCAAGUAAUGCUUUCUUUUUCUAGAACUCAUGAGACCAUGUCUAUUAUUUUCCUUUGUUUUCAAGUACCCUGAGAAUCUAUGAGAAUCUUUGUUCCACCCAAUUCAUGCUACAAGGAUAUUGUUAGAAUGGUCACUUGCCAGAAUGGUACACUGAAAUUGGGGGGCCCUGCUAAAGAGUUGACUACGAUCCUUAAUAGUUGCAAGCUGAAAGGACUAAACAAUACUUCUUUGCUUUCUUCAUUGAUAUGGAAGCUGUUGAAGUCACAUAGCACCUUAAUGUCAGGACUCGUUAAGGUGUAUAGCUAACUUCACCCCUCUCAACUCUUUCACAAUCCUUUAUAUGCUGUUGUCCUUGUAUUUGUGAAAGACAAUCACAAUUUUUGUCACUGGUCUGGAAUGGUAGCAGUACUGGUAUUUCGGUCUCCCUUUGUUUGUUGGUAGAUUAAGGGCAAACCAAAUAUUUGGCUGCAGCAAGGUCCAAGCUGUAUCUGUUCAGUUUCUCCGCAGGUGAUAGUUCAUCAGAGCUAACGAUGGUCACUUGUGGCAGUUUCAUGCAAUUUAUCUCUAACAGUCAUUCUAAUGGCACCAUCUGCUGUGCUGAGAGGCAUUGACAUAGUUGCCUGCAUCGUGCUUGUUCGAGUGCACAACGAUAAGACCAAAAAUGUCUCUCUGAAAGCUCUUUUUUAUUCCUUUAAUGUUCAGCUCAUCUUCACUGACGAAUCCUUGAAGGUUGCAACAACUUUGUUUCCAGUUCAUUUAAAAAUAGAAAGUAAGUAUUUUCGAGGGUACUGUUCAUUGGUAAAUCCCGCCGACACUGUCAGGUGUACCCAAGCUCAUUCGGAACGUUUCUCUGAGAGGGGUGGUCCUUUCCUUAAACUUAGGACAGGUAAACUUGAAAAAGGGGUACUUUUUGAAUCUGCAAAAAUCACUGAAAAAAGGUGCUUUCUACAACCAACGUAGACCACGAUUGCUCUUUACUGACAAUAUCACAGGAUCUCAAAGAUUUUUUAGAAAGAGCACCACCUCAAUUUGAUUCAAUACAACAUUUGCAAGACAAGAUUUUUGUUUGUAUAAAGGUCAUUUGCAACUUAUAAUAGAAAUGUUGGCAGUUUUGCUUGACAAUGUCUUCCUUUUUCACUUAUCACCAUUCUAGACAAACCUAUAAACCAAUAAAAAUAAGAAUCAUAUAAACUUCAGCAUUCUUCAAUAAGUACAGUUUUAGCCAAAGUAGUGCAACAGCAUCAUAGCAGAGCAGGAACUCCUGUUCACUUUCUUCUUUUGUAUUUUGGUAUUAUAUCUCAGUAAAAAGGGUAUAAAAAGUUCACAAAGAACAUGGGUACACAACUGAUUGAGAGUGAACAAGCUGGGCAAUGAUUAAGCAAGGUUUGUUGUGUAUUUUAUAGAAAUCAAAGAAAAUCUUGAGUAAAUCUUCUUCGACACAAGUUGUUUGUGCAAAAAUUCCAAAGUCAAAAAGGGAUCAUAAAUCUCAGUUUUCUGUCGCCAUGAAAAAAAAACAGAAGGCUACUUACUCUGUGUGCAGACUAUAUCUCCAUGAUUUUCAAGGUGGUUUGAUGCUGGGCUCCUAGUAGAUAGAUCAUGAUUGGGGUGAAUGACGAUUCAAUUGUCAAAGUGAAAAAGAGCUUUACGCGUAGAGUGUUGUGUGCAGUUACUCAGAAGACGAUCUUGAUGAACUUUGAAAUGUUUAGAUGAUCCUGUUGUGUUUUUCAUAGUGCUAUUUAUCAGUUAGUAAUUAAAAACGCUGCUUAGUUCCUUCGGAUGACAAUUCAAAAAUUAUUCCCAACAAAAGAUGUAUUAAGCUUUUAAGAUCACACAAUUUUCUCAUGAAAACAAGGCUUUUGGCCCCCUUAACAGACCACAAGUCAAUUUUAAGCAUUUAUGUGCAAGAAAUAUUCUUAAUUAACUUUAAGGCUUUAAAUUAUUUCCAUUUAAACUGUUCUUUGAUUCAUUUUUUUCAAAUACGCAAAAACGAGACUUCAAACAUGAAAAGAGGCUGAUGGCCCCCCAAAAAACCCUGUAUAACAUUGAUUUUCAAAAUCAGCACCCUUGAAUUGACCAAAAGCACUUGGUCCCAUAAAUUUCGCUCCUGGGCGUCCAUUUCCCUAUUCUCAUUGGGCUAGCAGGUGCUAAUGCCUCCUUAAAUUUUUUCAAAGAUAUGCUGCAAAACUUUCAAAAAUUUAUGAAAUACCAUUUGAUGAGAAUGAAGUCAUAUAUUUCGUUAAAUUUAAUAUGUUUUGUUUAAUCGAAAAGUGU